AUGCGGUGGGAGGUGCAUGACGUCACUGGUAACUGCACUGGCUGCAGUCCGAACACGAGUGUGACCAUGAUGUCACGAAGAACUGCAUUUGUGUCACGGUGGCACCUACUUCAAGAACAGCGUUAGUGUCGGUGGAAAAGACAAAAGGACCGAGCAUAACGGGGGGUUCCAAGGCUGCUGUCAGGCAGGGACACGAUACCAAACAAUAAUGGGAGAUCAGUGCAAGCAGUCCAAGGCACCCGACAAUUCCUGCAUGCAGAAUGGGUUCCACUUGCCGCCAGCCCUCCUCCUGCUGGGCAAUGGAGAAUCGAGCCGGAGCCUCCCUGACCAUACACCGAUGCAACACCACCGAGGGCAGCCAGACCCGCUCCACCAGGGAUCCCCGGCCAAGAAGAGCAGGGUGAGGAGAAGGAUGGAUUCAGGCAGAAGGAACAGACCCCCGUUCCCAUGGUUUGGCAUGGAUAUUGGAGGAACAUUGGUGAAGCUAGUCUAUUUUGAGCCCAAAGACAUUACAGCAGAAGAGGAACAGGAAGAGGUUGAGAACUUAAAAAGCAUAAGAAAGUAUUUGACAUCCAACACAGCCUAUGGGAAAACUGGAAUCAGAGAUGUGCACCUAGAACUGAAAAACUUGACCAUGUGCGGCCGCAAAGGCAAUUUGCACUUUAUCCGCUUUCCAACGUGCGCCAUGCACCGAUUCAUUCAGAUGGGAAGUGAGAAGAACUUCUCAAGCUUGCACACCACAUUAUGUGCUACUGGCGGUGGGGCCUAUAAGUUUGAAGAAGACUUUAGAACGAUAGCUGACCUCCAGCUCCAUAAACUAGAUGAACUGGACUGUUUGAUUCAAGGCCUGCUUUAUGUUGACUCAGUGGGAUUUAAUGGCCGUCCAGAGUGUUAUUAUUUUGAAAACCCAACAGACACAGAGCAAUGCCAGAAGAAGCCGUACUGCCUUGACAAUCCUUACCCUAUGUUGCUGGUUAAUAUAGGCUCAGGGGUCAGCAUCCUUGCAGUGUAUUCAAAAGACAAUUAUAAAAGAGUAACUGGAACCAGCCUUGGUGGUGGAACAUUCCUUGGUCUGUGUUGUCUACUGACUGGCUGUGAAACAUUUGAGGAAGCUCUCGAAAUGGCAGCCAAAGGUGAUAGCACUAAUGUUGACAAAUUGGUAAAAGACAUCUAUGGUGGAGACUAUGAAAGGUUUAGUCUCCAGGGAUCUGCAGUAGCAUCAAGCUUUGGUCACAUGAUGAGCAAAGAGAAGAGAGAUUCCAUCAGUAAAGAAGAUCUGGCGAGAGCAACUUUAGUCACUAUUACAAACAACAUUGGCUCUAUUGCUCGUAUGUGUGCACUAAAUGAGAACAUCGACAGAGUUAUAUUUGUAGGAAACUUCCUCAGAAUUAACAUGGUCUCCAUGAAACUGCUGUCUUAUGCAAUGGAUUACUGGUCAAAAGGGCAAUUAAAAGCCCUUUUCUUAGAACACGAGGGUUACUUUGGUGCUGUGGGUGCUCUCCUGGAAUUGCUCAAAAUGAAUGAGGAUCAGUGAGAAGGAACCAGCUGUAAGAAUGCUGGCAGAAUAACAGAAACACUUCUGGAAGAUACAUGGGAAGCCAUUUUCACACUUGUACAUUGUGACUUGUAAAUAUUUUGGAUUCCUUUAACAGACACUGGGAGCCUCUAUACUUUUAUUUUUAAAAUGUGCAAUGGUGCCAAAUGUGCCAUAGUAAUAUUUGUUGAGUAAUUUAAGGCAGUAAUUUAUGAUGUUUGAUCUUUAUAACUUUUAGUGGGGGGGAUUUAUUCAGAAUGCUAACCUGAAAGAGGCUGAAGUGGGAGCUUUUAGAAGAAACAGCAAUAUACUGUAGAUUAUAAACACAUAGAUGUAUAUAUACAUAGAAUUCUUUUAAAAACUCACAUGAAACCUCUUUUGUUUUAGUGCUCAGAAUCUAAUUCUCCCAUUAGUCUCUAAACUGCCCUUGAAGGUGCAGGACUGCUGCUGUUUUAUCCCUUGACAUCAGAAGUAUGUAUAUACUGUAUAAGUACUGGAAACAACCCGGUGUCACUUUAAACAAGGUACCGUUUGACUCAGAAUUUCUAUGGAUCCUGAUUGGCUUAGAAAAAAAAGGUGUAACUUUAUUAGUUAUUUCCUGCUGUGGGGAUAACUGGACUCAGGAGCAGCUGCAAGCCGUCCAUUGGUACUCGCCAGGCUUCACUUUGACUACUCUACUCUAGAACAUAGGCUUUGAAUAAUGGACCAAUGCCUAACAGUAAGUGACACCAACAGGUUGCCUGUGAAUGAACUGGGAGCAACCUAUCAAAUUGCUGCUUUUCAUCAAAAGCUGACAAAUAUUUAAACAAGUCCUUGAUGUUAGAGUAUUUAUUCUCUGGGGUUUGUGUUUCUGUGGAUGUUUUGACUGUUCAUUGCUAACCACUGUAUUUUUUUAAGAUGUCUUUAUUUUUUCUUUUGAUUUAGAUGAAAUUAUUUCUGCAAUCUUUGUGGUGUUGCUACACGUGGGUGUAUAUAUUUUAACCUUACCCUCAAUUGAAAACAAUUAUUUGCACAUUCAAAGGAACUGUUCUGUUUAUCAACAGUCCAAUACUUGUUUCCAUAUAGAAUACACUAGUGAGAUUAUCAAACAUGUAUGCAAGCCCAUUGUAGCAUAUAAAGGUACUGUAUUCAGUAUAGCAAUCGUUUCAGGAGAGUGCUAUACCUUGUGUGUUUCCUAACCUAUGCUUGCCUUUACUGCACAUUUAGGGUGAAGACACAUAAAGCUACUAGUAGCUGCUACUUGUUGUGGAUACUAAUAUAGACUAUGCUGAUCAUUAUUCCUACAUGUGUUUUGGCAGAGGCAGUUUUCAGUAUUGUCUAUGGCAGGAUAUUUUCUGGAGUUUAUUAGCCUUGAAAAAGUAGCUGCUACUAGUGUGUCUUCACCUUUUGAUUGAGAUUGUCUUGGACUUUUUUUUUGCUUUUUUUAACUUUAGCUCUUUAAAGGACCAAUAUCCUGGGGGAGUAACUGCUUAGGGGAUUUUUUCGGCUUGCCAGUGAGCUCCAGAGUGCCCCUCCCAAGAACUGCAAAAUAUAGCUGCCAUCAUAUAUUGUGAGGCUAAAACUGGAAGUGGUGGCCUGCAUAAGAUGGCUUCAGUAGAUAUUAUUGCCGUCUUCCAAAUCUGACAUAUGUUAGUGUGUCUGUAAUGUUUGAAAUCACCUCUAGCCUACUAUUCAUUGUGUACUGAGUUUGCAAUACUAGGACAUGUUCUUUCUAGCCCUGGCCAUGGGCCUGAAUAAUGCAGCCUCUGAUAAAUAGCAAUGUGUCUUUUUAGUUACCACAAUAGUGACUGUGAAAAUCUAGAAUUAAACCACCAUAGAUGUUCAUAAUAAUAGCAUACUAAUGCUUAAUUCGCACUGGCUACUUUGUCCACAAUUGGCCUGGUUCACAGUGUAAAAAUCAUCUUAUCAUGCUAAUUGGUCCUAUAGGGAGAGAUCACCCUGCACAAUCAUAGUUGAGAAAAGCAAAGCAAGUUUAGCCGCUGGACAAAUACAUAUAUGGUGUUUCCUCCUUUCUGUCCAUCAAUGAAAAACGAAGAUGAUACUGUGGAAGAUGACACUUGGUGCACUUUAUUGCAGCAAAACAGUCUACAAGAUUAUUUUAUUGUCAAUAAGCUGGCGUGUUUUAUGUGUGUUUUAAACUGAAGAAUAUUUCUCUAUUUUAAGUUUUCCAUGUAAUGCUACCUAAUCCUGCUCCUGCAAGGCACAUAACUUUCUGUACAUAGCAUACUAUAUACCGGUACAUGCUUUAUAUACAUAAUAGGGCUCAUUUCUGUAAUACGUGCAACAUACAGAAUAAGCACCCUAGCCACUAUGCGGUUUUUUUUUCUUGUUACCCAAAAUGCAGCAUUAUUAACUAAAAUGCCAACAUAUUUGCAGAAAAUUAAGAGAUGGUACAGCUCGUAUGCGUUUUGCCUAUGCAGACAAAAUGUGCCUCCUCAUUGGGAAAUCACAGACAUUAUGUGUCUGCAGUUUGAUUUCCUCAGUGUUAAUGCAAACUGCAUUAUUCCUGCAAAUGAUGUGUGAAACUGUUAUUCUGGGAUUCAUUAGCUGCCAAUCCUUGGCAUGUUUUGGUGUAAUACUAUAAUAAAGCAAAGUGGAUGUGACUGGCAUUGUGGUGCAAGGUAUAAGUGUCAAGGAGUGUGUAUAAAGGCAGAUAAAGCAUUUGGAUAGAUGCAAUUGUGCAUUUAUUUUUGCACUUUUCUUUGCAGCUUGUGAUUGUACUUGAGCCCUAAUAUCUGGUAAUAACUUGCCACUUGCCUUUCAGCACUGUUUUUGUGAACAUUUAUUCAGAAUGCUAACCUGAAAGAGGCUGAAGUGGGAGCUUUUAGAAGAAACAGCAAUAUACUAUAUACUUGUAAACACAUAGAUGUAUAUAUACAUAGAAUUCUUUUAAAAACUCACAUGGAACCUCUUCUGUUUUAGCGCUCAGAAGAGAUUUUUAAUGCCCAAUACAUGUUUAAUGGUAUGGUUUCUUAACCCUCAGGCUUAACAUUUCAGGCUUUGCCCCAGGUUGACUAGUGUAUCUGAUGCAAGAAGUCUGAUUGGUGCUGCAGCCAUAAAGGCCAUUGGAUUUCUACUGAAAUGGCAGAGUGCCCAGUCCAGGUUAUCUAGUUACAUGAAAGUUGCAGGAUUCAGCAGCUUUAAAGUGACACACCAGGUUGGUUUGUGCUGCAUUUCAAACUCAGAACUCACAUCCCAUGUAGAUGAAUGGGUGCUAGAGCCAUGCACGACCCAGUUUACACUGUAGAUUGCUAUCAGAUUGCUGUAGAUUUCUAUCAGGCCAGUCUUCCAUGUACACAACCCCUAAAUUGUCUCUGUAAAAGCAAAUUUCUGCAUGCUAUAAACUUAGCAGGGAAAAGACAAGUUCUACACUGUAAAUGGUAAAGUACCGGUAAUAAAGCUUUUUAUUUUUGAUUUAGCUCAUGCACAAAUAUUUAGCAUUUGCUUUGCAAAACAUUUUUAAACAAUUCAUAUCCAUCAUCAUCAUUUAUUUAUAUAGGGCCAGCAAGUUAUAGAGCCCUUUACAUUAAUUUAUAACAAACAGACAAUUAAUUUAUAACAUUAAUUUAUAACAAACAACAAAACUUGCAGAGUAAAACAUCAGAUCUGAUCAGCACAGAUCAGAUUGGGAGGGCCUACAAUCUAUUGUUUCACCAAAUAUCUUUUCCUUAGUUAUAAAUAAGCGAGUAUGCGAUAUACAAUUUUAUUUGAUUUAGAAGAACUCAAAGUCAGAAGCUCAAAAAUUGAGAAACAAGCCCAAAUAUGUUCAACAGUGAAGCGGUUUGUAAAAAGUAGAUUUGCCACUGUCCCUGAGGUACUAAAGACCCACUGAGUUCAGUCCAGCACAAACAAAGCCUCUAUAAGACUUGGCUGCAGUUAGGGCCCUGUGACACAAGGCUGGCAUAGCCGCUUCCUUCCAGGCCCUAAAUCCCUGGGCAUUGACAGGUACCGUAUUGGCCGCUCAUUGUACAGACAGGAUCAAUUUUGACAUUGAAAGGCAAAAGUAUUGGUUGAAAUCCCUCCUGUCUGCGCACAAUUGAUUUAAACAUGAAAACAAUGGAUUGUUUUGCCACCAAUAUAGAUUCAUGCAACUUAGUUACCAUCAAGUAUAAGUACUGUUUUAUUAUUACAAUGAAAAAGGAAAUACAUGUACAAGAACUCCAGGGCAUUUUACCAUGGCUGGGGCAAGGGUAACAUAAUCUAAUUCAGCACAACUGGACCAAAGCUGGCUGAGCUGUUGAAUCACUGUCCUAUUGUAACCCAUGGAUGACUACACUGGUAACCACAAUGGAGAAAAUGAUAGUAAUUCCAUGUAUGUAAUGUACCUAAGCUGUUAAAAAUGUGUACCAGGGCCCCUCUUUUACAGGUAUGGGACCAGAAUGCUUAGCACCCAUGGUUUUCUGGGUAAGGGAUCUUUAGUAAUUUGCAUCUCCAUACCUUGUCUACCAAAAAAUAAUUUACACGGUCCUGUUUUAUUAUUACAGAGAAAAAGGAAAUCAUUUUUACAAUUUUGAAUUAUUUGCUUAAAAUGGAGUGUAUGGGGGAUAGUCUUCCUGUAAUUUGGAACUUUCUGGAUAAUGGGUUUCCGGAUAAGGAAUCCCAUACCUAUAAUCGUAUUGCAAAUGCUUGUAUUAAUUAUUGUAGCUGUUCAUCCAUAGUCAGUACUGUUUCAUGAAAACAACAGCCAAAUUCUAAUAAAUAGCUCAUAAGAACUUCAGUUCAACUUUACUUGCCAAUACAUUACUGAAUUUCUUGAAUGUGUUUUAUACUACAAUGUAGAAUACUUUUCAGUUUGUUUUAUAAUGGAAAAAAACAUCUUUUUAGCUUUCUUAAGGAUUUUCCCCCUAAAUGAUCAAUGGACACUUCCAAGACGGCAUUUUCUUAUGCUAUUUUUUCAGUAUUCUCAGUAUUAUUGGUGAUAUGAUUGAUUUGCUUUACUAAUUUCUCUUCAUGAUGACUUGAAACUUAAUUUACAUUGAAUCAUAUCCGGCGCCUUUAAAAUCCUAAAUAGAUUCCAGUUUUGCUUCCCCCCCUUCCUCAGGCAUAAACCUUUCCGCUGUUAGAAAAAUAUGAUUUAUGGGAAACAGACUGAGGCUGAGAGUCCAAUAAUGGUGGUUGUUGUUUUAUUUUUGUAAGUUACCUAAAGUGUUUUUCAAAUUCCAUAGUUUUUAUUUAUGAUGAUUUCUAAUAAUAUUUUUUUUAGUUUAUAGAUCAAUUUAUGGUGAUUCCUGGUCUGUGACACAAUUCAGAAUAAUAUGUAUGAUGGAGCGUUUGCUCAAAUGUAUUAUCUUCUUGUACAUAAUUGUAUAGUAUACUUGUCAUUCAAGCCUUGCUACCAUUUAAUAUUUGCCAACAAAUUUUGUCUCAGCUUGAAAUAAAAAAAAAUACGAGUCAAAUCUGAAAAA